UCCUUUUAAAGCUUUCUUUCAUGAAUCCCCGAGCUCUAAAUAAGUACUUGCCCAAAAAGAAACUCUAAUCUUUAAUCUGUAAUCUUUAUAGCCACUAUUAUUCUCUUUCAUAUUCACAUGUAUCUUGUAUUUGGAACAUUUGUACCUUAAGAUCAGACGUAUGUUGUUAUUGUAUGCUUUUGCAAUGACUUAUUUAGAGUUCUCACAUUUGCAAGAGUAGUUGUGUUGAGUUGCAUUAUCUCCUUGUUUAUUUUGCAUGUUUUUUUUUAUUUUUGUUUAAUGUUAAGUGUCCCUUUUCAUCUGCAUUAGGAAAAUGUCUGUGCUGUUAAAAUAAAUAAAAAAAACACACAAAGUGGCCGCAGAUAUACACAGUAGGGCUCAGUACACAUCAUAUGAUGUUUAUUAGCAACCCCGAAAAAGCAGUUUUCUGUGCUCUGAGUGGCAAAGAGGAUGCGUCCGUCUGUGAUCCUCAUGACGUGCGGAUGAAGAGCAAGAGGAUGGUCACUAGCUGAGCUCCCGCGAGGCUCCGUUGGACGGACACAUGCGGCAUUUCAGUCCCCAACUUCAUAUUCUGUGUCGUGUCUUAGUGGGAAUUCUCAGCUGAAUAUGAUGGUCAGACUCAGACAGUGGGCGGGGCAGCAGGAACGGCCCGUGAAGCCUCCUGCCCCACGGCGCUGAGGGACGCUGUGUGUGGGGCUGAAUGAGAACAGGGACGUGUCGCUCUGCUACCCGCGCACUCCUGCCAGUUGGCCAUUGGUGGAAGCCAGUGCUGUGGCGGGGUCCUUGUAAGGCUGUCCCCUGCUGUGCCUGAGCUCCGCACUUCAGUUUGUGCCCCAUGCACUUCGCAGGAGCCAGGGCCACCUCUCCCACCUUUUCUGGGACUCCCACGGCACGCUUUGCCAUCUUUUCUAAAAGCAUACACCCCCCCACCCAUGUAAAUGAGCCAGACCAACCUCUCCCCCCCGCCCCCCCCCCCCCCAAACACACUUUGUAACAGUUCCUGUACAUAUUUCUGCCACCCAUCACCAUUAACAAUGAUAAUGGUGCAUUGCCAUGGCGACCUGCUAUAUGGGCUAAAAAAAAGGCUGCAUUUGGGUCAUGAGCAGUGGACAUGCUGGGGGGUCACAUGGCAAUCAUUUACGGCCCUCUGAAGAGUAACGUGUCGUGGAAACAGCUGCAUGGUGGCUGGCUAAUAGAGAGUUACUAAGAGACCCAUUGAUGGUAUACAAUGAACCAUUGUGUGUUCAGAAUGAAGUAACAUAAAUGUGUUUCUUGUGGAGGCCAAAGAGGAGUCAUGUGCCUAAAGCAGACCAUAAUAAGCCUGUUUUAAGGCCGUGCUAAGAUCCGCAGGAACAGCCGCUUUUCCUUGAUGUAAUGCCAUCAAAUCCAUGGGCUAACACAGUAUCCUAUAUAUAGGUUUUAGCAGUGACACUGUUUUCCCAUUCAACUUUUUAAGUUUCAUUAUUUUCACUCGUGAGCAUUGGGUUAGCGCUCCAGUCCAGCAGCAACAUCCCAGGAAUAAUAGCAGGCAGGGGGUUCUUGUCAGCCGCUUUCUGUCAGAGCCCUGCCAGAAGGGUGAGCGAAUGGCUGGGAGACCCCUGUCAUUGGGUCCUGGGGCUCGCUGGGGGAGGCUGUGACCCAGCAAUCAGCGGCAUGAUGUCGCCACUGCCUUACGUCAGCGGGUAACUGUCAGCAGUGUCCGCGCUUUGGCAAAAUGUCCUCCUUGUGCUAUUGUUACUUAGUAUGGCCACCUAAGCCUGCCUUCAAUGUAGCAGCCUUGCAGAAUGCAUCAGACCAAUAAUGAUACUCGUCAGCUCUGAUAGUCUUUUUAUGACCUAAAAUCCUGUAAAAAUGAGUACAGAGAGGCAGACAUGUUCAUCUGUUCAGCAGAGCUGUGGGGUUGGGUUCAGUGUCGGAAGCCUCGCUCCUGGCUGGAGGCUCGCUGCGGGUCAGCGUGACACCUUUAGGCCACUAGUGUCAUCGCGCCCUGGCCUGUUUUUCUGGCUCUUUCUUGUGCGAGUCAGAGACCUGGAGCUACUCCCUCCUGGCAGCUGUGAUGUCAGCUUUCCAUGGCUGAACGAGGGGCUUCCUGCAGCAGACCCGGCUGCUGUGAUUGAUAAGACGGGGCCGUCGCGGUUUUCGGCGUAACAGCGCCGCAGGGUUUCCUGCCAGCAUGUACUCCAGAAGAACCAGAGGCCGUGGCACUCGACUUCUGCACCAGUGUGGCAGACAUGUCUUUGGGGUAGUGAGGGUAAAACUUACUAAGUAUUUAUUAAAUCCGAUGAAGAGACACAUUCUUAUGUACAUUUUUCGCUGCUUGUAUGAGGUGAAAAUGAAAUGACACUGAAUAGCCCGUGUUUAGAGUGACGGGAGACAGUGAAGUGACCAGUUGCUGAACAGCAGCACACUGUAGUCCUGACCAGUAAAAACGUGCUGGUGUCUGUUUGGGUUUUUAGCCUGAAAAUGGCAGAUAACAUACAGAGGAAGUGGGUGAGAUGGCCACCUAACCGGAUUUUCUGAAUUUCUCUGUACGCCACAAUUCUCCCUCGGCCAUUUAUUACGGAACGUUGAUUUGAGCACGGUGCCCAGUUAAAGGUCAGUUCCCUAUAACCUAGAAAAGGCACCAUGACCCACAUCCUUCUCCUUUUGAGAUUUUAGUCCUUCAUAGUAGCAAAUAAAAAGCACUUUCUGCUGUAAUAUCAUCUGUUGUGGUCAAUUCCACCUCUAUGUACUGUUUAAAGCAAUCGCUUUUUAUAAGGCAUAAUGUCUAUACAUAAUGUCAACCUUUGUUAGUUCAUAUAAAUAUGUAUAGCGUUAUAAAUAAUUGAAUAGGUAAAAUGUACUCCAUUUUAUUAGGCACACCAGCCCAUUGAAGCAAAUAGCCUGCACCUCCAAACAGGAAAUCAUGUAGCAGCUACUGGUUACAUACCGCAGAGAGACGGGUGGGCUACUGGGUACAUACCUCAGAGAGACGGGUGGGCUACUGGGUACGUACCUCAGAGAGACGGGUGGGCUACUGGGUACGUACCUCAGAGAGACAGGGGUGGGCUACUGGGUACGUACCUCAGAGAGACGGGUGGGCUACUGGGUAUGUACCUCAGAGAGACGGGUGGGCUACUGGGUACGUACCUCAGAGAGACGGGUGGGCUACUGGGUACGUACCUCAGAGAGACAGGGGUGGGCUACUGGGUACGUACCUCAGAGAGACGGGUGGGCUACUGGGUACGUACCUCAGAGAGACGGGUGGGCUACUGGGUACGUACCUCAGAGAGACGGGUGGGCUACUGGGUACGUACCUCAGAGAGACAGGGGUGGGCUGCUGGGUACGUACCGCAGAGAGACAGGGGUGGGCUACUGGGUACGUACCGCAGAGAGACAGGGGUGGGCUACUGGGUACAAACCGCAGAGAGACAGGUGGGCUACUGGGUACGUACCUCAGAGAGACAGGGGUGGGCUGCUGGGUACGUACCGCAGAGAGACAGGGGUGGGCUACUGGGUACGUACCUCAGAGAGACGGGGGUGGGCUACUGGGUACAAACCGCAGAGAGACAGGGGUGGGCUACUGGGUACAAACCGCAGAGAGACAGGGGUGGGCUACUGGGUACAAACUGCAGAGAGACAGGUGGGCUACUGGGUACAUACCUCAGAGAGACAGGGGUGGGCUGCUGGGUACGUACCGCAGAGAGACAGGGGUGGGCUACUGGGUACGUACCUCAGAGAGACGGGGGUGGGCUACUGGGUACAAACCGCAGAGAGACAGGGGUGGGCUACUGGGUACGUACCGCAGAGAGACAGGGGUGGGCUACUGGGUACAAACCGCAGAGAGACAGGUGGGCUACUGGGUACGUACCUCAGAGAGACGGGGGUGGGCUACUGGGUACGUACCUCAGAGAGACGGGGAUGGGCUACUGGGUACGUACCUCAGAGAGACGGGGAUGGGCUACUGGGUACAAACCGCAGAGAGACAGGGGUGGGCUACUGGGUACGUACCUCAGAGAGACAGGGGUGGGCUACUGGGUACGUACCUCAGAGAGACGGGUGGGCUACUGGGUACGUACCGCAGAGAGACAGGGAUGGGCUACUGAGUACGUACCUCAGAGAGACAGGGGUGGGCUACUGGGUACGUACCUCAGAGAGACAGGGGUGGGCUACUGGGUACGUACCUCAGAGAGACAGGUGGGCUACUGGGUACGUACCGCAGAGAGACAGGGGUGGGCUACUGGGUACGUACCUCAGAGAGACGGGUGGGCUACUGGGUACGUACCGCAGAGAGACAGGGAUGGGCUACUGGGUACGUACCGCAGAGAGACGGGGGUGGGCUACUGGGUACGUACCUCAGAGAGACGGGUGGGCUACUGGGUACGUACCUCAGAGAGACGGGUGGGCUACUGGGUACGUACCUCAGAGAGACGGGUGGGCUACUGGGUACGUACCUCAGAGAGACAGGGGUGGGCUACUGGGUACGUACCUCAGAGAGACGGGUGGGCUACUGGGUACGUACCGCAGAGAGACGGGUGGGCUACUGGGUACGUACCGCAGAGAGACAGGGGUGGGCUGCUGGGUACGUACCGCAGAGAGACGGGUGGGCUACUGGGUACGUACCGCAGAGAGACAGGGAUGGGCUACUGGGUACGUACCGCAGAGAGACAGGGAUGGGCUACUGGGUACGUACCUCAGAGAGACAGGGGUGGGCUACUGGGUACGUACCUCAGAGAGACGGGUGGGCUACUGGGUACGUACCGCAGAGAGACAGGGAUGGGCUACUGAGUACGUACCUCAGAGAGACAGGGGUGGGCUACUGGGUACGUACCUCAGAGAGACAGGGGUGGGCUACUGGGUACGUACCUCAGAGAGACGGGGGUGGGCUGCUGGGUACGUACCGCAGAGAGACGGGUGGGCUGCUGGGUACGUACCGCAGAGAGACAGGGGUGGGCUACUGGGUACGUACCGCAGAGAGACGGGUGGGCUACUGGGUACGUACCGCAGAGAGACAGGGGUAGGCUACUGGGUACGUACCUCAGAGAGACAGGGGUGGGCUACUGGGUACGUACCGCAGAGAGACGGGUGGGCUGCUGGGUACGUACCUCAGAGAGCCAGGGGUAGGCUACUGGGUACGUACCUCAGAGAGAUGGGUGGGCUACUGGGUACGUACCACAGAGAAAUGGGUGGGAUGUUCAAUUAUUCUCUGGCUAAACAUUAAAGCAGCCAAGGCAUGUGUGAUUUUUAACCUGUUAGGACUGUUGUUGCCAAACGUGGUGGUUCCAGCAUCUUAGAAACAGCCGCCCUCCUGGGAUUUUCACAUGCUGCAGUGUCUCGAGUGUACACUAGGUGGUGCCAUAAACAAUGAACAUCCAGGUAGUGGCAGCUCUGUAGUUGAAAACACUUUGUUGAUGUAAGAGGUCAGAGGAGAAUGGCCAGAUGCAUUAAUGGUAACGACAAAGCCACAACGGCAAAAAAUAACAGCUCAGCACAACAGUAGUGUAUAAAAAUGUGUCUCUGGUGGCUAAUGAGUGCAUCUGCAUGCGAAAUGUAGCCUUAAAGAAUGUACUCGUCUGUUUAGUCAUCUUAAUCGAUCAUCAUUUUCACAGUGAUCAAUAUGCAGCUUAAUGGAAUAGCACCUGAAGGCCAGUGAAGUUCAUUUCUUUUUGUUACUUGUGUUCCCAUGGCAGUGAUUUUUCUGUUGCCUGAUCUCUUGGUCUGACUGGUUAAUUGCAGGCCGGAGAUGGUACUAGUUGAGUGUGCUGAAUGAGUGCCAACUGCACUAUAUAAUGAUGGACGAACCGAUGUAUCAUGAACCAAUUGUUGUAUUUUUUGACCCCAACAGGAUGGUGCUCUCUGUUAAAAAAAAAAGGCACAAAGCAUGCCGCAAAGCAAACAAAGAGCGCCAUCUAGUGGGAUGAAAAAAUGCAGCGAAUGGUUCAUGAAGUAUCAUUUUGUCCAUCACUUAUGUAUAUAACUUGACUGCCUGUGUGACGUCCGGCUGUGGUGGACAAUUGAUAAACGUAACAAGGAAGUGAAUCACAAAAGACAAAAGGAUUUCCCCACAGUGCAGCAUUUUAAAUCACAUUUGUGUCAUCAACCCUGUACUGUCAGAGUUUCUGGGUGCCAUUGUGCUGGCUUCCCAUGGCACGAAAAAGCAACAGUCUUCUUCCUGUUAAUGUCAAAGCAGGAAGCAGAUGGUCAGCGCUGCCCCUAAACUCAGUGCCUCGGCAGCUUGGCAGAAAUUAACCCUUGUCCCUCUCUAACCCAUUGUCAUUUUCAUUCUGCACAGCCUGUCCUCAGACUAUAGGUUACCUCUGGUUUAAAUGAGUUCCUCAUCACCGAGUAUCUUGUUGUCUUGUAUGGCACCUAAUUCCUGGAAUUCCUUUACUUCUACAACUGACAAGACUUUAAGGCCUGAUUUUGCAGUCUUUUUUUCUGUACUCACCAGUGAGACUUGAUCCUCGUCUUGCUUGCAGCUGGCAGCGUAAACAAUAAGCUGCUGCUCUUACACUUUCUUUUGGAGGUUUAGCUCUCUAUAUUGCAGAAGCUUUAUAUCUUUCUCCUUCUCUUUGCAUAUUACCGCCUUAUUGCCAGUAUUAUCUACACAUUAUAUCUCCUCUGGCUUUCUCGGAGUAGCUCUGCUUGCUCGAUUACUUGCCCUCUUGAGCAAUCAGAUGGUUUAUCCUUUACCCCUCCCCUGCCCUCUCUACUGAUUGCUGUCCCAGUUCUAGCCAUGAGGCAUCAGAGACACAAAUCUACGAGCGGCGGUUGCUCCUUCUGUCCUCCUCUGUUCCUACAUGCCUCCCCUCACUGUCCGCAGACAGAUUUCUCCCAAACGGGGCCAGUCGCGUCUCUCCCAACCAGGAGACGAGGCAGGCGUACCUAUUACCAUCACAGUUUUGAGUUGCAUCUCAUAUCAUGGCACCCCUCCUGUUGCCCGCCCUUGUUGCCCCGCGAACCUCCACGGGAUCACAUGCCACACCGCCCUUCUCCCCGGCUGCCACCGUGACUAAUUUCCCUCUCCCGGUGUCUUGCUUCUCCA